AUGGACUUCCAGCCAAUCAUAUUACUCACAUUGAUUCCUCUGUUCUUCAUCCUUCAGAUUUUCUUUGGACCAUUUCAUCCUAUCCUGAGUGACAAUGUCCGAUUUCCCCAUGUCUACCAGAUAGCACACAAGGAUACAUGUUUACCUCAUGCCAUGGUUUCUUUAAUGGUUUAUUUUACAUGGAACUGGAUAGGGUUGCUCAUUUUGGAUAAUGACCAGGGAACUCAGUUUCUCUCGGAUUUAAGAGAAGAGAUGCAUAGAAAUGGAGUCUGUUUAGCCUUUGUGAAUGUGAUCCCUGAUAGCAUGCAGACAUACAUGACCAGGGCUGGAAUAUAUGAUACUCGAAUCAUGACAUCUUCAGCAAAGGUUGUUAUCAUUUAUGGUGAAAUGGGGUCUACCCUAGAAGCCAGCUUCAGAAGAUGGGUAUAUUUAGGUGUACAGAGAAUCUGGGUCACCACCUCACAAUGGGAUGUCAUCAUACGUAAAAGAGAUUUCACCCUUGAUGCCUUCCAUGGCACUGUCACUUUUGCACAGCAUCAUGUUGAGAUUUCUAAAUUUAGAAACUUUAUGGAAACAAUGAAUACUUCUAAAUAUCCAAUUGCUCCAUUGCUGAAGAAGAGGGUAUUUACUAAUCCCGUCGGAGAAAUGGUGAACAUGAAUCUAAGAGAAAACCUGUGUGCAGAAUAUGAGAUUUUCAACAUUUGGAAUUUCCCUCAAGGCUUUGGACUAAAAGUGAAAAUAGGAGGUUACUUCCCCCAUUUCCCAAAGAGUCAACAACUGCACAUAUCUGAAGACUUGAAGUGGGCCAUGGGAGAAACACCGGUUCCCACCUCUACAUGCAGUGUGAUCUGUAAUCCUGGAUUCAGAAGAUUUCAUCAGGAACAGACAUCAGACUGCUGCUUUGAUUGUGUUCAGUGCUCAGAGAAUGAGGUUUCCAAUGAGACAGAUCUGGAACAGUGUGUGAGCUGUCUACCUGAUGAGUAUGCCAACACAGAACACACACACUGCCUGAAAAGGCAUCUCUCCUAUCUGGCCUAUGAAGACCCACUGGGAAUGUCUCUUGCUUGCAUGUCCCUGUGUUUCUCUGUACUCACAAGUCUUGUAUUUGGUACUUUUGUGAGAUACAGUGACACUCCCAUUGUGAAGGCCAACAACCGCAAUCUCAGUUACAUCCUACUAAUCUCCAUCACACUCUGUUUCCUCUGUGCUUUGCUUUUUAUUGGGCAUCCGAACAUGGGUACCUGCAUCCUGCAGCAGACCACAUUUAGUAUCUUUUUCACAGUGGCUUUAUCUAGUGUCUUGGCCAAGACAAUUACUGUGGUUCUGGCUUUCAAGAUUACUACUCCAAGAAGAAGAAUGAGAUCAAUGUUGAUAUCAGGGGCACCUAACUUUGUCAUUCCCCUCUGUACCCUGCUCCAACUUGUUCUCUGUGGAAUUUGGCUAGCAGUAUCACCUCCUUUUAUUGAUACAGAUACACAAUCUGAACAUGGGCAGAUCACCAUUGUGUGCAACAAAGGCUCAGUCAUUGCAUUCCACUUUGUUCUUGGAUAUUUGGGAUCCUUGGCUGUGGGUAGCUUCACUGUGGCUUUCUUAGCCCGGAAUCUGCCUGAUAAAUUCAAUGAAGCCAAAUUUCUAACCUUCAGCAUGCUGGUGUUCUGCAGUGUGUGGGUUACCCUCCUUCCUGUCUACCACAGCACCAAAGGGAAGGACAUGGUGGCUGUGGAGGUCUUCUCCAUUUUGGCUUCCAGUGCAGGGCUUUUAGUCUGCAUUUUUGUUCCAAAGUGUUAUGUUAUUUUGAUAAGGCCCGAUUCAAACUGUCUUCAAAAUUAUAGGAAUAAAUUACUUUAUUAA